GCCAACUUUUAGAGCAUCAAGCGCUAACAUAGGAUCUGGGCUUCUAUGGGACUUCUGAAUUCUUUGUCUAUAGUAACAAAUUGUACAUUCAUAAUAUAAUUUCUCAAAUGUCGAAUUCUGACAGUAAAACGUCAGGUAUGAGUAUAUAUACACCCUUGCCAGUGACAGUAAUUGGUCAGACAAACACUUCCGAACGUCGAAUACAAUACUUGGAAAACUUUUUGGAAAGUACAUUACCCACAUCUGAUGUAAAAGGAAUUGGUCAAGAACUGCGAAAGAGUUUUAUCUUAGCUAAGCAUAAACCAAAAGGUUUCAUAAAAAAACAACCGAAACCAAGUAUUUUACCACGUAAGAAACGUGCUUUGAUAAAUAUCACUAAAAGGUUAAAGAGUAAAGGCUUGAAAUAUGAGAAUUUCAUUCCAUUAAAUGAUUUAUGGCUGGGUUACAUGAAACGAAUGCUUUGUACCAAUACUUUUUUGAAACUGCCGAAAAGUCCCAUUGAACCAGGUUGGGAGGCUGUAAAUCAAAAAAUAAUGAAAGCCGAUUUUCAUGGAGCAGCGAUAAAGGUCAUAAGAUCAAAAUGUCCCAGCUUAGUCAAAGCCAGUGGUAUAGUCUUACAAGACACUAAAGGAACAUUCAAAAUAAUUGGAAAAGAUAAUAUUGUUAGAGUCAUACCAAAGGAAACCGUUGUCUUCCAAAUAAAAUUGAAAGAAGUAGCACUGCAAGUAUUUGGAAAGGACUUAUGUAUACGCCCGGCAGAACGUGCCGUUAAGAAAUUUAAAAACCUUCAUGUUCCUAUAUUGUGAUCAAAUUUGAAUGUAAAUAAAUUCAUUUUAUAUCAGUAA